AGAUUGCUAUAAUAGAAGAAACGGAAAUUUCUAUAGUUUGAACCUACUUCUUCUUUGUAUAUUAUAUUCACGGAUUUAUGAAUACUGUAAUAUGUAAAUUCAUUUGAAAUAAAUACAAUUAUAUUCUACGUUUUCAUUAUAGGACCCGCUAUAUGGCGCAUGUUGAAUGGUACACUUCCCCGUAAUUCAAUGUUGAUGGGUUUAAACACAUACUUUAAUACUCGAUUUCCUAACUUUAAUUCGCCAACUCCCGAUGAUCUAUGGAGUUUUAUACAGACUGGUAUAGACGAUAAAUUAAAAAAUAAACUGUAUAAUCUAAGCAUAAAACAGAUAAUGGAUAUUUGGAUUACUCAAACGUAUUGCCCUGUGGUAAACGUGAAACGAGAUUAUUCUGAUAAUCUUGUAAAAAUAUCGAAAGAGAUUAAUGACAAAUUAGAUCGGAAACCAUAUUUUAUACCUGUGAGCUAUGUUAAGGAAACGAACAUCAAUUUUGUCAAUAUCUCGCUACAAAGUUUCAAUUGUUUAACGCAGUCGAAUCCGGAAAUGAAAAUCAACUAUGAUAGUAAAGAUAAAUGGUUCAUGGCCAACAUAUUACAAACUGGAUACUAUCGCGUCAAUUAUGACACCGAAAAUUGGCGAAUGAUCGCGCGUUAUUUAAAAUCCAAAAAAUACGAGAAUAUACAUGUUAUCAAUCGAGCGCAAAUCAUCGAUGAUGCGUUCCAUCUUGCGAUGGAAAAGAAACUUGAUUUCUCCAUAUUUUGGGAACUCGCGAGCUACUUAAAGCAAGAGAAGGAUUAUGUAGCAUGGUAUCCUAUGAUUAAAGUUUUUGAACGUAUAUCCAGUGUCUUUGCAAUUACAACAACUCAUGAUGAACAUCUCAAGGAAAUAAAAAUAAAAAUAGGAAGCUUAUUUGAAAAGGCAGAGAACGAUAUGUACAAUCAAACAGAAGCUAACAUAACCAACAAUGUUCUUAAUAAAUAUUUAAAGCAAGAACUCACAAAAUGGGGAUGUCUUAUCAAUAAUCCCUUGUGUAUGCAGAUGGCCAAAGAACAAUUUGAAUGGCAUCUAUCAGAUCCUGAAACUAGGAAACUUUUACCUGGGUGGAAGAAAUUGAUAUCUUGUAAUGGUUUAAAGACUGCUAACUAUAGUGUAUGGUUCAGUGCAUGGACCAACGCGUUGAAUGUAUACAAAGAGAAAUCUGAUUAUGAAAUGUUGAAAUUUAGCAGUUCUUGCUCUGAUCAUCCGCGAAAGUAUUUUCAUCUAUUAUUUAUUCAAAGGUCAUCUCAAACGAUGAUCACCGAUUUUGAAACAUCAACACGGAAAAAAGAGCACUCCUAUGCUUUAAUUGCAGAUAUUUAUCUUUCUAUGCUUGCCAUGCAAGCAAAGAAUCCUACACUGCUUAAAGAUAUAUUGGAUUUACCUAACUUAAAUAGUAUAAAAAACAGCCGAAUCAGUACGAUUGCAACAUUAAUUGUCAUUAUUAAUAAUGUGUAUUCCAAGAAUGAACUGGACAUGAUAACAGAAUUUGCUCAGGAUAUGCCACAAUUAGUUUCGAAAUGUAUUGAAUGCAAGAUAAAAUCGCGUUUGCUUGAGAUCCAGAGUCAGAUAAAAUUUUAUCAAACUAUGAUAAAACUCCCCCCAUCGCGCUUGAUUACGUCAACUACAACAUCGUCAACUACAACACGUCCAACUACGCCUCCAACUAUAAUUCUAAGGAAUGAAUCAAUUAAUAAUCCUAGAUUAAGAUUCAUGGGAUAAAACUUCUUAAUUAUCUUUAAACGUUAAUAAUGCAUAUUCUCAGGAUACCAAUUUAUUAAGAUAAAUAAAUUUGCAAAAAAUAAUAAGCAAUAUCCAUAUUCCAACGUUGAACGUAAGUUAACAAUACGUUAAUCUGACAAUAAAUUCAACAGUUAGAUGAAAUUUCUUCAAAGUUUAGAUUAGGUUUAGUCGAAGAGAUCAACAUCAUGUCCAUUAUUUGCACAAGGAUUAACUACAAAACAUUCCCAACAACAUCUAAAACUGCAGAGCACCUAUCAUUUAUAAAGCUAAUUACGUAGUCAUAAUAUCUAAUGAUAUAAACAUUUCGAAUAUUUUUUCAUAUAUGUAUUAACUAAUUAUUUAUUAUUUACA